UGUGAGAAAUCUUAGUGGUUUUAAACUGUUGGAUGCAAAGUGUGCCAUUAGAUGCAUGUGCGGCAGAGCAGAUUCAAUAACGUCGACGGAGAUGGCGGAGAAUGUAGUAGCCGAGACUGAUUAUGUUCCAAAAAUGAAGAAGGCUCGCACAGCAUUGAAGCGUGGAAGAUAUAAAGGCGUGCGAAGAAGGCCAUGGGGGACCUACGCGGCGGAGAUUUGGAACCCGAAGGAGAACGGCAGUAGAACUUGGAUCGGGACCUACGAGACUCCUGACGAUGCGGCUCUGGCUUAUGACAAAGCCGCUUUCGAAAUGCCUGGCUCGAAAGCUAAGCUCAAUUUCCCACAUUUGCUUGGCUCAGAAGGAUAUGAGCCAACAAGAAUGACGAAUAAGCGCCGUUCGAUGAAGCCUUCCGUGACGUCGUCUCAUUCAUCUUCUUCAGCAGCGCAGACCGAGAAUGAUGCUGAAUCUCAAUUGAAGCCGAAGCGGAUGUUGAACCAAAUAGCCUCAGCGGCUCCAGCCACGUUGGAGAAGCUAAAACAAAUUAUCCAUGCAUGAUGCACAAAUGGGAUGACAAGACAAAAUCAAUACAUUAAUUACCAACUUAUUUACUGGAUUUACUGAUUUAGAAAUAACAAGGUGUAUAUAUAUAAUUACAUAUAUAAAUAGUAAGUUUGGA